AUGGCAUCCAGCAGCAAUCUGAUGAUGGUGCCUCUCCUCGCGCUGCUCUUCAUGUCCGGCACUCUUGAGGCUGCAAGAGCGAGCAAUGACACCUCGGAUCACCACUCGCGAAGCCCUGGCGCCAAUGGAUCUACCAACGCGCCCAGGGGCCGGUUGCUGGGGUCGUCGUCGCAGAGCGUGUUCAGCCUUGACAGCUACGGCGCCCGCGGCGACGGCAGCCACGAUGACACGUAG